AUGACCAAAGCAAUCGCAUUUUUGAUGACCCUUCUGGGCACCGCACUCGCUCAGAUCGAUAGAACAUGUAUCGAUAUCGCCUUCAACUCCGAAACAAAUACGUUGUCGGGGAAAUGUCAGCCUCGCGAUAACUCAGGCUACAUCCCUUCCGAGUUGGACCUCAACGACUGUUUCGGAUACGACGGCACCAAAAUUACACCAACUUAUCAUGGAAACUUUGCUGAAAGCUGUCACGGAUGCGAGAUGUUUGUAGCGCCUGAUCCGUGGUAUGGUGGUGCAGAGUACUGGAUUGGGUGCAUCUGUAAGGGACAGAGUGAAAAGGUCGCUGUCCCUCUUGAAGCCGCUGUUGCGCAUGAGUAUGUGUCUAAUAAGGAUGGGCAUUUGCUUUGUUAA